CUGUGUCUCACCUCGGGGGAGGGUCGCGAUACAAGCGGGACCGAAAGAAAAGGACGCGGCGAGGUGGGGUGAGAAUCAUCCGCGGUAGAAGUCGAACAAGAGUUUCGGCGAACGGGCAGAACCGUACGAACCUUCAUCGCGGCCGCAGCGAGCGGGAUCUUUCACUUUGGUGCGAACACACACACACACAGACACACGCGCAUCCACACACAUCUAUACAGACCGCAAUCGUUCUCGUCAAUCGUCCGACGAACGCCGAGGAAGGAAGCACGCGUUCGAACCAGCAAACCUAGACGAACGAGCGAACCUUUGUCCGACCGAGCAGAAGAACGAAGAGAGAAGCAGCGAACAUGGUUUACGAGAGCGACUUCUACACGACCCGGCGGCCGUACACGCGGCCCUACGUCUCGUCCUACAGCGUCACGACUCGGCCCAUUACCCUACCGCUCUCCACUAUUCUCCAGUUGAGGGGCAUACCAUACAUGCCUCGCAUGCCAUACGUGGCGCACAAAAGGCUCGUGACCGUAAUCCACAUGCCCUACCAUACCGUGUACCACGGCGGCAGCCUGGUACCGAUAAGAGUUCAUGCGCGCGUACGACCCAGCGUCCUCGCAGCGGAGCUGAACAGGAUACGGAACCUGUGGAGGCCCUCGACCGAGUCCUACACGGAGAAGUAUCUUCAAUCCAGGGAUCGCAUCUACUUCGACGACGAGGCGAGGGAAAUACGCGCUAAAGUCGAUUCCCUUCUGCGACGGGUACACGUGUUCGUCCCACGAGCCGUAGCAAGCGACUUCUUGGAAGAGAUCGUGCCGGAACGUAUGCGCAGCGGGGAUUACGUGCGCCGCCUGCUGUCCGGCAAGUCGAUCGCGAAGAAGGACCCGGAGCCGGUCUCCUGGUACGAGGUGCCCGAAAGGGGUGACUUCGGCACCCUGGCCUGCGUCAAGUACGUCGCGGGCAACCCCCAGUCCAUCAGGAGGCCGUACUACAAGGUCGCCGAUCUCCGUCCCUCCGACAUCAAGAACGACGUUAAUUUUCUGAGCUACUACAAAAAGAAUCGGCAGGCGGCUGCCAACGCCUUGAAACAGGACAAGGAGGAGGCGAUCAAGAAAAUAGAGCAAUAUCUGGUUAAAGCAGCCGAGCAGGCCAGAAGCGACGAGGAGAGGAAGCAGGCGGCCGAGGAGGAGAGGGUGCAGCUCGAGCUGGAAGAGGUGAAGGCGUGGGAAGCGCUGCAGGUGGCGCAGGAACGCGCGGAGCAUAUCAAUGAAAUCCUCGACCAGGAGAAAGCGCAGGCCGAGAGGCAAGCCGAGGAGGCGAAAAUGGAAGCUGAUCGGCUGGAGGCCGAAAGAAUACGGGAGGUCGAAAGGCAGCUCGAGCAGGCUCGCCUGACGGCCCUGAUGGAGGAAGAGGAGAGAAUGAUCGUCGAGGAACACCUCGAGAAGGUUAGGGUACAGGAAGAGGAAGAGGAGAGGCUGGCGAACGUCGCGAUCGACGACACGGACGAAGUGAAAGACGUCGAUUGCUCCCGGGACGACGUGGUCGAGAGCGAGGUCACGGAUCAGGAGAAAGAGGAGAGGCCGUUCGUGCUGAUCGCGGAGGACGAGACGAAGAUCGAGGAAGAAAGCGUCCAGGAAGACGACCACCCGGAGCUACCCGACGACCCGUUCGUCGAGGAGCCGGUAGGAGCAGAGAGCAAAGCACACACAGGCGAGAACGCCGUCGAAGACACGCCGAACGCCGACGAUGUGGCAUCCGGCGGGGAGGAAGUCUUCGAGUGGGGCGACGAAGACGCGUAAAAACCCCCGGGAGCCGGACUCCUCCCUUCCAAUCGUUACACGCGACAAUUAACGUGUCCUUGACUAUGAUCCGCUGUCAACGCGUUCGCGACCGCGUAAUCUCUUAAAGUCUACAGCUGAAUGUCGCAAGAGUCUGCCAGCCGAAUGUAUACGAAUGUAAAGAGUACACGAUAGAACUACGUUGUCAGUACUUCAGUAACCGCUGAAGCUAAGUAGCUAAAGAAUGUCAAAGAGACUAGGACUAACCAGUACUCAGCUGAACAAUUCCAAAUGACUACGUUCCCAGUAUUGAAGAAUUUCACAGAACAUCGUUCCACGUUACCGGCCGCGCGCGCGUUGACAGGGUCGCGCAUCAUUACGCCGCGAGUAAGAGGAAGACGAAGAAACGUACGAGUCAACGCACGAGUCCCGUUGAAUGUCGAGCAAUCGCUGUCAUUGAGCACUUUCUCGGUUCGUCUUCCUCCGAGCUCGAGUCCAUUCGCAUCUACAUAUUUAUUUCAUUGUUAGCGCUAGGUACGUAAUUUCUAUGCGACAAUCGUAGCACGAUAAAGCGGCAACCGGUCGAUCGAAUCCGAGCGUCGAUUUUCGUUGGUCUGCCGGCGGCAUCCCUCGUAUUUACAUGACAUCACGGGCGAGCCGGGUGACGCGUCAGAAAUUCGAGGAAUAAAAAGACAACCCUUCAUUCUGGGGGACCUAUCGAUUCCUCGUCUUACCGAGUCUCAUUAGUAGGGUAGCCCGCAUCCCGUUAUUUAUUCUAUUCUCCAUUUAUUCCAUUUCGUGCCGGUUCUGACGUAUCGCUCGGCCGAUAUCGAUGAACGCUUCGCUUAUUAUUGUAGGACUCAUGAAUAAUGCACGAUACAGACUCGCGGAGGGGAAUAAGCAUGUUAGAAAUUAUUCACUCGGGAAGAACGGUCGCGUCGGAGAGAAACGAAAAUGUCGCCGCGGUCUCGGCCUCGAAACGCCCGACAGUUUUCUUUCCGACAGAACAGAUAAUCGCAUCUGCCGAGCGUGGAAACUUUGCAGAACUCCCGUCUCGUGCCCUUCGCGUAGUAAACAACGCGAAGGACAACGGUUCAUCGGCGACGAUACGUAUAUGUAUAAUUAUUCCGACGUUCCUAUAUUUAAUUCGCACCGCACGUUCAUGUAUCUGUAGCACGCAAUGUAUAUUCACGCAAUGCCUAUUUUGUCUAUACUUAUACGAUAAUAAACAUUAGCAUUUGAAUA